CAAAAAGUACCCUCAUAUGUCUUGGCAUUUUUUUUUUUAAGAUUUCAUCCCGUGAAAAUUUAUUUGAUCCUAUCACUAAAUUUAUGGGUAGGAUAUUUUUCCAAAAUCACCCAACCUGGCAUUGUUGACUUGUUUUGGUUAAAGAUAUCAACGAUCAGUCUUUUAUUAACCCAACCAGAUUUGCAUGACCCAUUUCAUUCACGCCCCAUCCGACCGGCCCGCCCGCCCCGAUUACGUGCCGACCAUUUUCCACCCGCGACUUCGAAAGCCACGGCCACCCCGCCCCCAGCCUAGUCUUGAAGGCACCCGGGCUGGGGGCUGGGAAAUGGCAUGGAAGCCAGGGGCGCCGGCCUUGGACGUCCAGCCUGGCCCAGAGCCUGUCCACCACCCUGGCCAACCGACGACCGGGGCCCAUGAUUCCGUGGCUAUCGCGUCCUUGCCCUCGUCCGCCAGCGUCCCACCCACCUUACUGAGCAACCCUUGCUGUGUGGUGGGUUGCCGAAAAAUCAAGUCCUUGCAUGCGGCCCGAAACAUCUAUUUCUACCGGUUUCCGUUGAAAGACGCCGAUCGAACUGCGGCUUGGACACGAGCCAUCGGUCAAACCAAUGACGAUGGCACCCCCUGGCAGCCCAAGAGCGCUUCCCGUAUCUGUUCGUUCCAUUUUGUGGGUGAGGCCAAAGUAGACGACCCGCUUAGUCCGGCUUAUAUUCCCACCAUUUUUCCGACCGAAGAAGAAGAACUGGAAGAGGAAGAACUUGAAAGCCUGGAAAUGGACGAGCCAGUGGACAACCCAACGACUAUCACAUCCGAACCGAAGCCUCAAAAAGAACUCAGUAAACUAGGUGAUCUCAAAAAGUUAGACGAAAUUGAUUGGCUAGAGACGAAAGCGGAACCCGUGUUUUUCUGGGACGACGGUCCGAAAAUGGUCGACCAAUGCACUCAAACCACCGAGGACUUUGAAGCGCCGGAUUCGUUCACAUGGAUUUGCCAACGAAGGGCAGUAUUUGAGGAUAUCUCAAUCCAUUCCACCAUGGUUUCGAUUCCGAGUUGGGGUGCCCAACCCUUUCCCACCCCAACCGAGAAAAAGCCAAAACCCGUUGACCAGAUUGUGUGCGUGGAAAACAGCCAGCAGAAUCAUUGAGACUGAAACACUGAUGGAUAAGGCAUCACGGCUGGACAUUCGUCCCAACGAUUUCUGCCGUUCCAGCAUUGCUUACCAUUAGCUGAACCCGGUCUAGAUAUGAAAGGUAUGGAGUAGAGGGACACCACGGGUAUUUAUUCAUAGUAGAGGUUUGAAGAAAGAUUGACUUUACAGGCUUCAUGCUUGAAAUGAAGUCAAAAUUUUGCGACCCAAUGCAGGGAUUCCAGAACGACAGAGCACUCGAAGAAGGAGCGAAAAUGAUAUUGGUUCGCCAUUUCCUGGUUAAUAGUAACGAAAAUCGCAAAUAUCGAAAUCGUAGUAAUUCAUUUCUUUUCUCAAAAAAUGAAGUCCGUCUCAAAUUGGUGCAAUCAUAACCAAACACCCCAAACAACACUACUUACUUUUACAACCACCAAAGCGACCGUUUUUUGUUUUCUCCUAGCAAAUGACGGAUGCACUGAGACUUUUUGACAAUUUGCUGAAUUAUUGCCGAAUGUCUAACAAGGAAUGUACCUUAAAUAGGAAAGUUCAGGGCUAAAAUUGUGCUUGAACUGUUCAACAUUGAAGGAUUAUGUGACUUUGAAUCAUGCUAUAUCUGCGGUGCUUCAUAGUUGACAUCGCCUCAUAUUCCCCAAUGAAAUGAAAUGCCUGAUUCACAACGAACUUUUUUUAUGACUUAAAAGUUCACGGAUUUUGCAACAUAAAAGCUGUCAUGUCUGAAUGUAUAAAAACAAGUCAUAACACGAAAUAAUUAAAUACUAGCUUGAAUAGCAUCGUGAUACUAAAUUUAUCUCUGGACUUAAACGUGCGAUAUAUGCAAUCACAUGUUGGAAAAGCUUUACCAACUUUUAACUGGAUAUGCUCAUCGAAUUUUCCAUUAUCUUGGAGGACUACACCUAAAUCCUUCAUGGAUGAGACCUGCUCAAUGUCCUUACCUUCAUCAUCUAAUAGUGGAGUGUCUAAUGGCGUCGACCCCAAAGGUCAUUGAGCGGAAUUUCAUUCCAUUCAAUGCCAUGUUACUCACAGCAACCCAGGAGUAGAUUUGGUCUAGGACCUUUGCCAGACAACCGGAAUCCUGACCAUUCCUACCAACUACCAAUUUUGUAUCAUCAGCAUAAGAAGAGAUACUGACAUUACUACUACCAAGCUUCUGAAGCGGAGCAAUGAAGAUAAUGAAAAGGAGAGGACGACCCAAAAUGGAGCCCUGAGGAACUCAAUUUUGGGUCCUUCCUUUUCUGUUUGAUGGGUUCCAUUUCACUUGUCAACAUUUGCCAUAGUCUGGGCAUUAGUCGUUCCUCAAUAAAAGGAACGAAUUGCAGCUACAGUUACAUUAACCAUUACCCGAAAAAAAUGUAAUGGCGUUACUCGUUACAAUUACUGUUACUAAAAUUUUAGAUGACCAA